AUGAGUACAUCCAUUCUCAGUCCACCUAUGCCAGUCGCGCCACUUGAGAAGACUGUGACUAGACCGAGCGUUCCAUUACCAAAAAGUCUUAUAGAGAAAAACAUCCUGAAGGAGCGCAUCUCGUUCGACCCAGCUAUGCAUCUUAGCUACAAAACCGUUCCUAAAGCCAUAACAAUGAAGGACAUAGGAUAUGAAGGUUAUGGGAUCUCUCCAUUAGCCGUAUCAGAGCCGUUCCCGCUCUUCACGGAGGAUGCUAUCAACCAAAUGCGCGCAGAGGCUUUCACGCCGGAAGUUCUGAAUAACUGCCUAGUCUCAUCUAGUUUCGCGAAACAUAUGAUUCGGGCGUAUGCACCGAAGUACGCGACAUUUGCCUGGGAAGCAUGGCACAAUAAGAAAGUACAAGCAAUCAUUUCUGACAUUGCUGGUGUAGAGCUGGUACCCACUCUCCCCUGCGAUGUCGGCCACAUCAAUGUGUCAUUUGGCUCGGAUGACAAGUCACAGCUAGGCGCUGACGAGACACCUGCAUUCGGAUGGCAUUUUGACAGUACUCCGUUCGUCUGCGUCACCAUGCUUUCCGACUGUACCCAGAUGAUUGGAGGGGAAACUGCCAUCAAGACAGCUUCGGGUGAGAUAAUCAAAGUGCGAGGGCCAACAAUGGGAACUGCUGUGAUCAUGCAAGGCCGAUACAUUGAGCAUCAGGCAUUGAAAGCAUUCGGUGGCAAAGAACGCUUGGCUAUGGUGACAUCGUGGCGACCGAAGUCGCCGUUCAUCUCAGACCAGACGGUGCUAACUGGUCAUUUAAUUUACACUGAGUACAAACUGCAUGCGCUGUUAACUCGAAAGUUUUGA